UAGGAUCUUCCUUCUCAUCAUGUAUCAUGUCACUAUUAUUUUAAACAUUUGGAGAUUUUUUUAAAAUUUAUUUUUAUCAAAUCGAAUUAAUUAUAGGGUUAUACAUUAAUUACAUGGAGUUAGUGUGUGCAUUUAUAGAAAAGAGAAUAAAUAUUUAUAUGGCGACUUAAAGAAUAUAAUUACUAGAUGCUUAAAACUUGAGGAAAGGAUAACCUUUUUUCUAAUGAUAUGUUGUCAAUAUAUCCUAAGCUUAGCAUGGAGUUUAAACCAACAACUAUGAGUGAAACAGGUGGAAAUGUACUGCAUAUUGGUGAUAUAGUAUCACUUUAUGCAGAAGGAGGUGUAUCUGGCUUUAUUAGUACUUUAGGAUUGGUCGAUGACAGAUGUGUAGUAUGUCCAGAAUCAGGAGAUCUUUUAAAUCCACCAAAAAAAUUUCGAGACUGCUUAUUCAAAAUUUGCCCCAUGAAUAGGUACUCUGCACAGAAGCAAUUCUGGAAGGCUGCCAAACAAAGUAUGGGUUCCAACACAGAUGCCAAUUUAAUUAAAAGGCUUCAUCAUGCUGCUGAAAUAGAGAAAAAACAGAACGAGUCGGAAAAUAAAAAACUAAAUGGAACCAAUGUUCUUUAUGGAAAUGUCGUCCAGCUGUUACAUAUUAAAUCAAAUAAGUACUUAACGGUAAACAAAAAACUGCCAGCACUUUUAGAAAAAAAUGCCAUAAGGGUUUAUCUUGACGGAAAUGGAAAUGAAGGAUCCUGGUUCUAUAUUCACCCUUUUUAUAAAUUGAGGGCUACUGGGGACAACAUAGUCUUAGGUGAUAAAGUGAUUUUAAAUCCUGUAGGCCCUGGUCAGCAGCUUUUACAUGUGGCUGCCAACCAUGAAUUGCCAGAUAAUCCUGGAUGUAAAGAGGUAAAUGUAGUGAAUGGUAAUACCUCUUGGAAAGUGACCCUGUUUCUUGAAUAUAAAGAAAAUCAAGACAACAUUUUAAAAGGAGGAGACGUUGUAAGGCUUUUUCACACUGAACAAGAAAAAUUUUUAACAAUGGAUGAAUAUAAGAAGCGAUCUCAUGUAUUUCUAAGAACAACCGGCCGAACCAGUGCAACCGCUGCAACAAGCAGUAAAGCUUUAUGGGAAAUCGAAGUGGUCCAGAAUGACCCUUGUAGAGGAGGGGCAGGGCAUUGGGACUCUCUAUACCGUUUUAAACAUCUAGCAACCGGUCAGUAUUUAGCAACAUCUGCUGAAGUAGAUGAUCCCGAGAAAACCGAUCCCAGUGAAAUAUCGAAGUACCACUUAAUACCAGUGAGCCAUUUGUAUGAGAGGAAUGAGAUAGCUUCCUUAUUUGAGCUAGGCCCAACAAACUUGCCACCAGCAGAUUCUUUAGUACCUCAAAAUAGUUAUGUGAGAUUGCACCACAUAAUUACGGAUACAUGGGUUCAUUCGACGUCAAUACCCAUUGAUAAAGAUGAAGAAAAACCUGUAAUGUCGAAAGUCGGAUGCGCAUUACGAAAGGAAGAUAAAGAAGCUUUUGCGUUAAUUCCAGUUUCACCGGAAGAAGUUAGAGAUUUGGAUUUUGCCAAUGAUGCCUGUAAACUCCUUUCAGCCUUAUCUGUGAAACUGUCGAAUGGAACUAUUUCUCAUGGAGAAAGAAGAUCCUUAUCAACGCUUCUACAAGAUAUAGUGUACUUUGUGGCUGAAUUAGAAAAUGAGCAGAAUAAAACUGAAGCUUUGGAACUUAUUGUCACCAAUCCAAAUCGAGAUAGGCAAAAGCUAUUAAGAGAACAGGCUAUUUUAAAACAACUUUUCAAUAUUCUUCAGGGACCCUUUCUUGAACAAAAAUGCGAAACACCUUUUCUAAAGCUGGAUGAACUUAAUGAUCCUAGACACGCCCCAUACAAGUAUAUUUUUCGUCUUUGCUAUAGAAUCUUACGGUUAAGCCAGCAGGACUACCGAAAAAAUCAAGAAUAUAUUGCAAAACAUUUUGGUUUUAUGCAAAAACAAAUUGGCUAUGAUAUUUUGGCAGAAGAUACUAUUACUGCUUUACUACAUAAUAAUCGAAAACUUCUCGAGAAACACAUAACACCUGCCGAAAUAGAAACUUUUGUAGGUCUGGUCCGGAAGAAUAUGAACAACUGGGAAAGCAGAUUUCUAGACUACCUUUCCGACUUAUGUAUUUCAAAUAAAAAAGCUAUCCCCGUAACACAAGAAUUAAUAUGCAAAAGUGUUUUAAGCCAGAAAAACUCAGACAUUCUUAUAGAAACUCGACUUAUGAAAACUAAAGUUGAGCUACAUGAAGUUGCAGAAGAAGAUGAGAAUCUCAUGGAUCUUUCCUACAGUACGAUGGAUGAAAUAAAAGUUAUUGAAGAAUGCCAAGUUAUACUUCUUUGGAAUAAUCGACAAAAGCAAAUGGCACUAACAGAAUUAUGCCGAAAAGCUAAGAUGGGAAGCAAAGAGAAUCAAGCUAUUUUAGAUUAUUACCGCCACCAGCUGGAUUUAUUUUCUAAUAUGUGUUUAAAUCGGCAGUAUUUGGCUCUAAACAAUUUAUCUCCACAUCUAGAUAUAGAGUUAAUUUUGAAAUGUAUGGCAGAUGAAAAUGUGAGCUUUGAUCUUAGGGCAUCAUUCUGCAGGUUGAUGCUUCAUUUGCAUGUUGAUAGAGAUCCGCAGGAGCCGGUAACCCCGGUUAAAUAUGCUAGACUUUGGUCAGAGAUACCUUCUUUAAUGUCAAUCAAUGAUUAUGAUUGUAAUAAAAUGCCUGAUCCCAACAAAGAAGCUGUUCGAGCAAAAUUUUCUUCCACUAUAAGUUUUGUGGGUGGUUACUUAUGCAAUGUAGUUGCUAAAAUGUGGUCUUUUGCUGACCAAGAACAAAACAAACUAACUUUUGAGGUCGUUAAGCUGGCCAGAGAACUUAUUUAUUUUGGAUUUUAUAGUUUUUGUGAUUUGCUUAAACUAACUAAAACGCUUUUGAGUAUUUUGGAUUGCGUGUCUGAAUCAGAUUUAAUUGAUGGAAGGAUUCCAAUCGGAGAAAUAGAUUCCGAAGGCGGCGUUUUAAGAACAAUCGGAGAUAUGGGUGCCGUUAUGACCUCGCUAACCCUUGGUCCUAAUGGUAGGACUUUAGCUGGUUCAAAUUCUGGAAAUCAUCUUAAAGCUCCAGUAUAUCAUAAGGAGUUUCCACUAGUGAUGGAUACUAAAUUGAAGAUUAUCGAAAUUUUGGAGUUCAUUCUGGAUGUUCGUCUGGAUUACCGCAUCAGUUGUCUGUUGAGCAUUUUUAAGCAAGAAUUUGAUGAAUCGGAGAAACAUAACGGCGGCAACGUAAACUUUGGGCAAAAGAACAUUGAUCUGGAGCUGAUAGGGAGUCAAGCCGAAGGUAUCUUUGGCAGUAGUGAAGAAUGUGCUGUUUUAGACCUAGACGGUCAUGGCGGCCGCACCUUCUUAAGAGUUCUUCUGCAUUUAACCAUGCAUGAUUAUCCUCCAUUGGUUUCAGGUGCCUUGCAUUUAUUAUUUAGACAUUUUAGUCAGAGGCAAGAAGUCUUACAAUCAUUUAGACAGGUUCAGCUAUUGGUAUCUGAUAGUGAUGUAGAAUCAUAUAAGCAAAUAAAGGCCGAUUUGGACGUUCUCAGACAAAGCGUUGAAAAAUCCGAAUUGUGGGUUUAUAAAUCUAGAAGUGACGAACAUACCGGAGGUAAAAAGCGUGGUGCAGAAGAAGAAGAUGAUGCACCACCAAGCAAAACUCCUAUGCUUAGUGUUUUGGAGAAAAAGGGGUCUGCAAUUAAUUUAGAUGUUGGUCCUCCUUUGCAUCCUGAUCAGGCAGACGAAUAUAAAAAAAUACAGCAAAUAUUGAUUAGGAUGAAUAGGCUGUGCACUCAAGAGAUGUCUAUGGUGAAGCCAAGAAAACAUGAGCAGAGAUUACUUAGAAAUGUGGGAGUUCAUACUGUAGUAUUGGAUUUGCUUCAGGUUCCCUACGAUGAGAAAGAGGACAUACGAAUGAAUGAAUUGAUGAGAUUGGCACAUGAAUUUUUGCAGAAUUUCUGUUUGGGUAAUCAGCAAAAUCAGAUACUGCUCUAUAAACAUUUGGAUCUAUUUUUAACCCCUGGGAUUCGAGAGGCGCAGACAGUUUGCGCAAUUUUUCAAGACAACCUGACUCUUUGCAACGAAGAAAAUGAAAAAGUUAUUCAAGAUUUUGUGAGAUUUAUUGAAACCCAUGGCCGCCAUGUUCAAUAUCUAAAAUUUCUUCAAACUAUCGUCAAGGCUGACAACCAGUUUAUAAGGAAGUGUCAGGAUAUGGUCAUGCAAGAGCUAAUUAAUGCUGGGGAGGAAGUUUUAGUGUUUUACAACGACAAAGCAUCGUUCAACCACUUCAUAGAAAUGAUGCGUUCCGAACGACAUUGCAUGGAUGAAAGUAGCCCUUUAAAAUACCACGUUGAACUAGUUAAACUUCUAGCUUGUUGUACGAUGGGAAAAAAUGUAUAUACUGAAAUAAAAUGUCAUAGUCUCCUUCCUCUGGAUGAUAUCGUAGCAAUGGUCACUCAUCCAGAUUGCAUUCCUGAGGUGAAGGAGGCCUAUGUUGGUUUUCUACAUCACUGCUAUAUUGAUACUGAAGUGGAAAUGAAGGAGAUAUAUACGAGCAAUCAUAUGUGGACCUUAUUUGAAAAGUCGUUUCUUGUUGACAUGGCAGACAUAGCUACAGCACCAAAUGACCGAAAACAUCCAGAUAAGGCUUUGGAAAAUUAUGUAACAAAUUGCGUGGUGAACCUAAUAACAACUUUUUUUAAGAGCCCAUUCUCUGACCAAAGUACAACAGUUCAGACGAGACAACCGAUUUUCGUACAGCUAUUACAAUCAGCGUUCAGAGUUUCGCAGUGUCUGUGGCUAUCCGCAUCACAACGCUUUAAUGUUGAAAAUUGUAUUCGUACGCUAUCUGAAGUUGCAAAAAAUAGAGGAAUAGCUAUACCGUUGGAUCUAGAGAGUCAGGUGGCUCCGAUGUUCAAUAAAGCCAGUAUUUUAACUAGACAGACUAGCAAAUGGCUGACGGCAUCUAAGACACCUAAAAUUGAAAGAUCGCAAUCUACUUUAAUGAGGCUUGAUAGAAGUAUAAUUGAAGGUCUACAAGACAUAGUCUCGCUUUUAGAAGAACAACUAAAACCUUUGGUCCAGUCAGAGUUGUCACUAUUAGUUGAUGUUUUAUAUAGACCGGAGCUGCUGUUCCCUGAUGGAACAGAGUCUCGAAAACGAUGCGAAAGUGGAGGUUUUAUAAGAAGAUUAAUUAAACAUACCGAAAAGCUGUUGGAAGAAAAAGAAGAGAAAUUAUGUGUUAAAGUUUUAAAGACCUUACGCAAGAUGAUGGCUGUUGAUCCAGAUUAUGGAGAGAAGAAAGAAAAUCAGGCUAAUGCCGUUAUGGGAGAAGUUUUAAGAAAUAGCCUACUCGCCAGGUAUUUUGGUAAAAACUUCGCCGUAGCCUUGGAAUUAAAUGCAAUGGCAUCUCCCCAGUCACCUGUCACCCAUGGUCCCGGAGCAAAAAUUAUCAGUAGAGCAGGCCAGACACUUUUUGAGGUUCAAACGCACCUGGAUAAAGAGGGCGCUUCUGACUUAGUCGUAGAACUGGUUAUUAAGUCUACUAAUUCACCGUCAAUUUUUGGUGAGGCUGUGGAACUUGGAAUAGCUCUGUUAGAAGGGGGUAACUCGAUAAUACAAAAAAGUAUGUUCAAUAAGCUUUUAGGCGGAGACCUCAGCCAGAGUUUUUUUAAGGUGUUCUAUGACAAAAUGAGGGACUCUCAAUCUGAAAUAAAAUCUACAGUAACUGUGAAUACUUCGGAUAUGGCAGCCAAAGCUCAUGAUGAUAAACAAGACGGCAAAGAACUAGACAGGAUGUCUAAAAAAUCCAGUAAAAAUAAUGGUAUUCUUAUAAGUGAUGAACUUCGAGAAGAAUUAAGUAGAGCGGCAGAGACUACUUCCCAAGCUUAUGCUCAUAUUAGGAAUAUGGCCACAGGAGAUGACAAUUUAAUUUCAUCGAGUGCAGCCAGUGCAUUUGAGGACCUUCUUGCUGAAAAGUUAGAGAAGCACAGGGAACGAGAUGAGCAAAAUGGAUUAAGCAAUAAAGUUUUAAUCAUGCAACCUAUUUUGAGAUUUUUGCAGCUACUUUGUGAAAACCACAAUCCGAAAUUGCAAAACCUUUUAAGAAAUCAAAAUAAUAAAACGAAUUAUAACCUGGUUUCCGAGACAUUGCAGUUUCUAGAUUGCAUUUGUGGCUCUACAACCGGAGGAUUAGGGUUGCUCGGUUUAUACAUUAAUGAAAACAACGUCUCAUUGACUAAUCAAACACUAGAAACAUUAACUGAAUAUUGCCAAGGUCCUUGCCAUGAAAAUCAAAAUUGUAUAGCCACUCAUGAAUCUAGCGGCUUGGACAUUGUGACAGCAUUGAUACUUAAUGAUAUUAAUCCACUUGGCAAAACAAGAAUGGAUCUCGUAUUGGAGUUAAAGAAUAAUGCUUCAAAAUUACUACUAGCUAUAAUGGAGAGCCGAGGGGACAGUGAAAACGCUGAAAAAAUUCUUUCCAACAUGAAUCCGAAACAACUUGUUGAAGUAGCUUGCAAAGCUUUUCAUCAAGAAACCAACGAGGAUGACGAGGACAUAGAUAACACAGGCGUUGAUGACGUCGUAUCGCCCAAAGAAGUAGGACAUAAUAUUUAUAUUCUUUGUCACCAGCUGGCCCAACACCAUAAAGACCUUGCCAACUGGUUAAUUCCUUCCGAAACUCUAGACCCUCAGGUUCACAGGGCGCUAAAAUACUAUAAUAGUCAUACUGCACAAAUAGAAAUAGUUCGUCACGACCGCACAUUAGAACAAAUUGUAUUUCCUAUACCAGAAAUUUGUGAAUAUUUAACCAAAGAUACAAAGAUUAAAAUAUUGAAUACCGCAGAGAGGGAUGACCAGGGCUCCAAAGUUGCGGACUUUUUUGAAAGAACGGACGACAUGUUUAGUGAAAUGAAUUGGCAAAAGAAGUUAAGAGCACAACCGGUACUCUUUUGGGUUAGCAGCUAUAUGUCCUUAUGGAGCAAUAUCCUUUUUAACUGCGCUGUAUUGAUAAAUCUCAUUGUUGCCUGCUUUUACCCCUUCGAAGAUAUGUUGCCUCAAAUAAGUUCCACUAUCUCAAUUCUGAUAUGGGUUGCUAUGUUGGUAUCUUCCGCCCUAGUGAUAACAUUACCAAGAGAGACCGGAAUUCGAACGUUAGUCGCCUCCACAAUACUAAGAUUAAUAUACUCGCUUGGUCCUGAGCCUACGCUAUGGCUGUUGGGCUCUGCUACUAUAAUUUUAAAAGGCAUUCAUCUAGUCAGCAUCAUGGGGAACCAUGGUACACUUACAAAGACAUAUCAACAAAUUCUCACUGAUGCAGAGUUGGUUUACCAUUUAACCUAUUUAGUUUUUUGUAUGCUUGGACUAGUAAUGCAUCCGUUUUUUUAUUCUGUUUUGCUUUUCGACGUUGUUUAUAGAGAGGAAACUUUACUAAAUGUGAUACGUUCUGUGACAAGAAAUGGGAGAUCUAUUAUUUUAACGGCUGUGUUAGCACUUAUUUUAGUUUAUAUGUUCUCGAUCAUUGGCUACAUGUUUUUUAGAGAUGAUUUUAUAGUCAGUGUAAAAAAGAAAGAUGAUGAAACUUGUGAACAAAUUUCGCUUCUCACUGGUAAACAAUAUACAGAUGACCCGACCCAUGAAUACUGUGAAUUAAUUGAUCCAGGCGAGGAGAAAAAAGAGAGAGCGUGUGAUUCCUUAAGAAUGUGUAUCGUUACGACUCUAAACCAAGGAUUGAGAAAUGGCGGAGGUAUUGGUGAUAUUCUUAGAGCACCAAGUAGUGAAGAAUCUCUAUUUGUACCAAGGGUGGUGUAUGAUUUGCUGUUCUUCUUUGUUGUGAUAAUUAUAGUACUUAACCUUAUCUUUGGUGUCAUUAUUGACACGUUUGCCGACCUGAGAUCUGAAAAACAACAAAAAGAGCUUAUACUUAAAAAUACAUGCUUUAUUUGCGGCUUGAAUAGAUCUGCCUUUGACAACAAAACCGUCAGUUUUGAAGAGCACAUUAAAAGUGAACACAAUAUGUGGCACUACUUGUACUUUAUAGUGUUAGUAAAAGUAAAAGAUCCCACAGAGUUUACUGGCCCCGAAAGUUACGUUUAUACACUGGUGAACUCCUUAAAUCUAGACUGGUUUCCGCGUCUACGAGCAAUUUCUUUAGCUGCAGUAGAAGGUGAUGGGGAACAAAUAGAACUAAGAAGUCUUCAAAAUGUCUUGGAGAGUACUCAGGGGCUUGUAAAAAAUUUAUCUAAUCAGUUACUAGAACUGAAAGAGCAGAUGGCUGAACAAAGAAAGCAAAAACAUCGAUUAGGACUUCUUACAUCCGCAUCUGCGUAUCUACAAACAAAUAAUUUUACAUAAUUACAACAGUCUUAAGUUUGUUAGAUGUAGGUUAUAUUGAGACUGUAGAAGUUCUUGAAUUAACUUGUUAUCGAAGAAAAUUAGAAAAAUAUUUGGAACGGCUGAUAAUUUAAGCUGGCAAAGUAAUGUGUAGAUAACCCUUUGAUUAUUCUAAAAAGACUCUUUAUUUGUUAAUAUAGUAUUCUACAAAACA